AGUUUAAAGAUAUUACAUCAUGUUAUCAGUAAUGAACUAUAACUAUUGACGGUUUUGGCAACUUCAUAAAAUAUAAAAAUUUCAUUUAGAUUUCAUCACUGUUGCCUUUACAAUCCCCAUCAGUCCACCACUGUGCAGUAUUGUGCUGUUGUUUUGCGUGUUGUUGUCUAGCGGGCAAUGUUGUAAUACGGUGUUUCGUAGCAAUCUGUGAGAAAGUCGCGGCGUUUAUUUUCGAGACAGGUGUAGAAGAAUGCAGCCGAUAUUAGACGAUGGGGUUGUUACUGCACUGUCUUCGUUUAGAUCUGAGAACUCGUGGCUUAUGUUCUUCGUUGACGGUGGUGAUGGAGCCGGAAGAAAAAUAGCUGCAGUCCUAGAAUCUUGGUCAAGCAGUUUGAGAGAUAAAAAUAUGGUAGUAAUGUCAACACAGUAUCACAGUGAAUUACAUUUACAGUUUGAAGAUGUCUAUGGACCAACACCAGGGAAUACGGUGACAUUUGUUUCGAGAAGAGGCGCUGCUGUUAUUCGCUGGAAAGGCCAUGGGAAUAUUGAAGAGGUUGUUGAGGAAAUAUUAGGAAUCAACAGUGUUCCAGAUGCAGAACUUCGUGAGUUUGGUUACCCUUCAGAAGAGUUCGUGAGAUACCUCAUGCUAGGUAAUUCAGACAGUGAAGAGGUACCAGUGGCAAAUUGGUCUGCAAGUCCACUUGAGAGCUUGGAGAAAGAAAUACAGCCCAGCACGGAUAAAGAAAUGCAGGCCAGUGUGGAGAAGGAAAUGCAGGCCAGUGUGGAGAAGGAAAUGCAGGCCAGUGUGGAGAAGGAAAUGCAGGCCAGUGUGGAGAAGGAAAUGCAGGCCAGUGUGGAGAACGAAAUGCAGGCCAGUGGAUUGUCUGGGAAGAAAAAUAUCCCAGGGCAGCCCAAGGAGUUGACAGUACUUCAGAUCCGCUGUCCAGAUGGUUCCUCAGUGACUAAAACUUUUAAAACUUCCAGUUUGUUAUCAGAAGUGAGGGUAUACAUAGCAGCACAUUUUUCAUCUGAAGGAUUUGGCUUGGCAACAUCAUUUCCACGCCAUCAUUAUGUCAGUGAAGACUAUAGUAGAAAUCUUGGUGAACUGGAUCUUUGGCCUAAUGCAGUCUUGUUGAUAGUACCUGCAGAUCCUCGACAGGAGAGUAACAACAUGUCACUGCGGAGUUAUACAGCAAACUUCAGUAGCUGGGCUUACUCACUGAUAAAGUAUAUGUGGAACAGAAUCAGCAGAUUUUUUCCAUUUACUGCAGGUGGUAAUUCACAGCCUGAAACAAAUACCAGUGACAGAUUAGCAAAUGCACAACCUGGACCCUCUGGAUCACGGCACCGUAGCAACAUUCACACUUUGAGGGACAAAGAAAAAGAUGAUGAUAAAAGGAGAACUACAUACAAUGGAAAUUCCACACAACAGCUAUAAACAAACAUUGCCAUUACAAUAAAUGGCUUUGCAUUAUUUAUUGGUGUGUUGUAUGUGACACGACUGAAUGAAGCAAAGUUUAAGCAGUUUCGGUUUGUAUCUCGAGAUAUUUAAAUGUGGAUUGAGAGUAUCUUUCCGCCAUUUCAAAUCUAUUUGAAAAAUAGUCCCAACACAGGACUGUUGUUUGAAGAGUUAAGACUUGAUCUCUUUUGGAGAACACCAAUAAGUCAUUUAAAAAUGGCUCCCAUUUGUACUGGCUGUGGCAUAAUGUUACUUUGUUAAAGUUUUAUUGAACUUUUAAUACAUCAAUGUAUUGUCUUUGAGCUGGUUAAGCAUCUAUUGAAGUUUUUACUGUUAACAUUUAGCAUUCUUGGAUUUAAGAAUAAUUGUAUGUUUUACUUGUGGAAACGAAAUAUUCAUGAUCAGGUUUUUAUAUAUUUUGCACUUACUGUUUGAUUUUUAAAAGAGUGAAUGUCAAAAAAUGUUCAUAAUUAUGUAUUAUAUUAAAAUUUGUUUAGUGUUGAAUGGUGAUAAAAAUUAUAAAUUGGCUGCAAUC